AUGAAAUCGGAUGAUACUGCUUGGUUGCCGGAGUAUUUUCCGGACUGGUCCCAGAGCAUCUACGUGGUGGACGACAAGUGGGCGCCCUUGACAGUCACGAAGAACAAGGGCCGCGAAUCCAUGGUGUAUUUGACAUACAUCAUUGACCACUACGACAACCUCCCCGACGCAAUGCUCUUCAUCCACUCCCAACGCUUCCAAUGGCACAACGACGACCCAUAUUACGACGGCGUCGGCAUGCUCCGCAACUUCCAGCUCCCCUACCUCCAAAAACAAGGCUACGUCAAUCUGCGUUGCGUCUGGACCCUAGGCUGCCCAGGCGAGAUCCACCCAUUGAGCGACACACACCGCGACGACGUGCACGCGGGAGAAUAUUUCACAAACGGGUUCAAGGAAUUGUUCCCCGGCGUACCCAUUCCCGAGCAAGUCGGAGCAUCAUGCUGCGCGCAGUUUGCCGUGUCGCGUGACAGGGUCCGCGAGCGGCCCCGGAGUGACUAUGUGCGCUUCCGCGACUGGCUCAUCAACACUGAUCUGACGGAUGAUUUGAGUGGGCGGAUCAUGGAGUACUCAUGGCAUAGUAAGUACCAUUCUGUACCCGCAACCCUCUGUGUGAUUCGAUACUAA